AUGUACUUAUACAACCUAACCCUCCAGAGGGCGUCUGGUGUGGUGCAUGCAGUUCACGGCAGUUUCGCCGGCACUAAGCAGCAGGAGAUCGCUGUGGCGAAGGGAAAGGUGUUGGAACUGCUCAGACGACUACACUUAUGGCCGCUAAGGCCACGUAUCGUUAUUCUCGAGUAUUUGCCCCAAAAGAAUGUCUUCGAUAAGGUGCAUCAGGAGACCUUUGGCAAGAGUGGUUGUCGUCGUAUAGUUCCCGGACAGUUCUUGGCUACUGAUCCCAAAGGACGGGCUGUUAUGAUAAACUUAGCGCUACGUUCGCGAGCCGAUUGGUAUAGAAGUGGUAAUCUCCGGAACCCGAUGUUUGCCUGUCUUGAGAUGGAUUACGAAGAGGCGGACACCGACCCAACCGGAGAAGCGGCACAACUGACGCAACAAACACUGACUUUCUAUGAAUUAGAUUUGGGUCUCAAUCAUGUGGUCCGCAAAUACAGUGAACCUCUUGAAGAACACGCAAACUUCUUAAUCACUGUUCCCGGCGGUACUGAAGGCCCUUCUGGUGUUCUCAUCUGUUCCGAGAAUUAUGUCACUUACAAGAACUUUGGAGACCAACCGGACAUUCGAUGUCCGAUACCUCGACGACGCAACGAUUUGGACGAUCCCGAGAGAGGGAUGAUAUUCGUGUGUUCGGCCACUCAUAAGACCAAAUCGAUGUUCUUUUUCCUCGUGCAGACAGAACAGGGAGACGUCUUUAAGCUGACCCUUGAGAUCGAGGACGACAUGGUCACUGAGAUUAAGCUCAAGUACUUCGAUACGGUUCCCGUCGCCGCCAACCUCUGCGUCCUUAAGACCGGAUUUCUAUUCGUUGGCUCAGAGUUUGGGAAUCACUAUCUCUACCAAAUCGCACACUUAGGCGAUGACGACGACGAGCCUGAGUUCAGCAGUUCUAUGCCUUUAGGAGAGGGCGAGACCUUCUGGUUCUCUCCGCGUCCGCUCAAGAACUUGGUUUUAGUGGACGAAUUGGAGUCUCUGUCGCCUAUAAUGCACUGUCAGAUUGCAGACGUGGCUAAUGAAGACACCCCUCAAGUGUUAGUCGCCUGUGGAAGGGGUCCGCGAUCUACACUAAGAGUUUUGAGGCACGGCUUAGAGGUGUCUGAGAUGGCUGUGUCUGAACUACCGGGAAGUCCUAACGCUGUUUGGACUGUCAAGAGAAGGGCUGACGAAGAGUUCGACUCUUAUAUUGUCGUCUCGUUUAUUAACGCAACACUUGUCUUAUCUAUUGGAGAGACCGUUGAGGAGAUAACAGACUCCGGUUUUUUGGGAACCACUCCAACGCUGUCGUGCGCGCAGAUCGGAGACGACGCUCUCGUCCAGAUAUAUCCGGACGGUAUUCGUCAUAUCAGAGCUGAUAAACGAGUGAAUGAAUGGCGAACUCCCGGGAAAAAGCAUAUCUCAAAGUGUGCUAUAAAUCACAGACAGGUUGUGAUUGCUUUAACCGGCGGUGAGAUUGUGUACUUUGAAAUGGAUAUCAGCGGACAGUUGAAUGAAUACACCGACAGGAAAGACAUGAAUUGUGAUGUGAUUUGCAUGGGUUUGGGAGAAGUGCCGGCCGGUGAACAGCGCUCCAGGUUUUUGGCCGUCGGUCUCUCGGAUAACACCGUUCGCAUCAUAUCACUCGAUCCAUCGGAAUGUCUGUCUCCCCUCUCAAUGCAAGCACUGCCGGCAACUCCGGAGUCUUUAUGUAUCGUUGAAAUGGGAUCAAAGAGCGAAUCGAAAAGCUCAGGACGUCUUUACCUGAAUGUUGGCCUUCAAAAUGGUGUGCAUUUGAGGACAGUUCUCGACGAAGUGACCGGCGAUUUGUCUGACACGAGGACCCGGUAUUUAGGGACCCGUCCUAUCAAACUAUUUCGGGUCCAAAUGCAAGGAAGCGAAGCAUUGCUGGCGAUGUCGAGUCGUUCGUGGCUUUGCUAUUACCACCAAAACCGGUUCCAUUUGACUCCAUUGUCGUACGAGAUGUUGGAAUACGCCUCUGGUUUCUCGUCAGAACAAUGUCCCGAAGGAAUAGUCGCCAUCUCUGCCAACACUCUCAGAAUCUUAGCGCUCGAAAAGUUGGGCGCCGUCUUCAACCAGCAGUCGAUUCCAUUGGAAUACACGCCACGAAAGUUUGUGAUUCAUCCGGAAAGUGGUUAUUUGAUUGCCAUUGAGACCGAUCACAACGCCUACACUCAGAAGAAUAAACGCGUCCGAAGACAAGAGAUGGCCGAAGAGAUGGUGGAAGCGGCCGGUGAUGACGAACAGGAACAGGCGGCAGAAAUGGCGGCCGCUUUUCUCAGCGAGGAUUUGCCCGAAAGUAUUUUCGGUGCGCCGAAGCCUGGGUUGGGUCAGUGGGCGUCCAUUAUUCGAGUACUCGAUCCCAUCAGUGGACAGACAUUACAUAAGAUAGAACUCGACCAAAACGAGGCGGCAUAUAGUAUAGCCCUUUGCCGGUUCAUAGGACAGGGAGACCUGCCCUUCAUUCUCGUCGGAAUAGCCAAAGAUCUUCAUCUAAACCCUCGUGAGUGCAGUGGAGGUACUGUUCAUACGUAUCGCUUAUUAGAUGAGGGAAAGCGACUCGAAUUGAUGCACAUCACGGCUGUGGAAGAGGUGCCGCACGCCAUCUGUCCAUUCCAGGGACGGGUGGUUAUAGGCGUCGGGAAACUGCUUCGGAUCUACGAUUUGGGCAAAAAGAAACUGUUGAGGAAAUGCGAGAACAAGAACAUGAAUAACAUGAUUGUGACCAUCAGUGCGAUGGGAAGUCGUCUAUAUGUGGGCGACAUUCAGGAGAGCUUUUAUUUCGUGAGAUAUAAGCGCUCAGAGAAUCAGUUGAUUGUAUUCGCCGACGACUCGAUCCCCCGAUGGGUGACAGCGAUGUGUGUCCUCGACUACGACACUCUGGUGGGCGCCGACAAGUUUGGCAAUAUUGUGGUGAUUCGGUUGCCUCAAGGCAUCAACGAUGAGGUGGACGACGACCCCACAGGCAUUAAGUCGUUGUGGGACAGGGGGUGGUUAGGCGGCGCCUCCCAAAAGACGGACAUAUUGUGUAACUUCCAUAUCGGGGAAAUCAUACUAUCGAUGCAAAGGGCGACACUCAUUCCCGGCCUGUCGGAGGCGCUCGUCUACACCACCAUUUCGGGCACAAUCGGUGUAUUAGUUCCGUUCACUUCCCACGAAGACCAGGACUUCUUCACGCACCUGGAGAUGCACAUGCGCUCAGAGAACCCGCCCCUCUGUGGUCGCGACCACCUGUCGUUCCGCUCAAAUGGUAUGACUUUGGGGGACCGGAUUGUGGCCAGUAUUGCAUUACGACAGGCGCUCAUAAGCGAUGACGUGCCGUACAGCUGAACGAUUCGCACCUGUUUUGUCGUCCCAUAAAUGUCUACAACUAUUCAUUCAUUUCAUUAAAUUAUUCCAAUAUUUAUACCGAUUAUAUAAAUCAUAGUUUUAUAUAAAUAUAUUUCAAGUCAUUGCUAAUCAUUUGUAAAUAAAAGCACAAAAGCAUUGCUUACCAG